GGGAGGAGCUGUGCGGCCAGUCCGCCACCUGCAUGCUCCCCUUCGAGCUGCUGCUCUCCAACCCCCUGCAGUUCUUUCGGGUCGAGGUGGCUCUGGAGGAUAUCAAUGACCAUUCACCCGUCUUCCCCGAGGAACGAGUGACUUUUGACAUCACGGAAAAGAGCGACCUGGGUUCACGUUUCCCUCUGGAGGCAGCUCAGGACCUCGAUAUUGGCAGCAACACAGUCCAGGCAUACAGCAUUUCUCCUGAGAACGAAUACUUUAGUGUCGCUUAUAGAAGUCGGAGUGAGGAUGACAAAUAUAUUGAACUUGUUUUGGAGAAGCCACUAGACAGAGAGGAGCAGUCAGAGAUGAGUUUCAGUGUCAUUGCUGUGGAUGGUGGCUCUCCUCCCAGGACUGGGACAACUGAAGUGAAAAUUGUCAUUCUAGAUGUAAAUGACAAUCCUCCCAUAUUCACACAAGAGCGUUAUUUUGGAAAAGUCCUGGAGAACAUGCCAGAAGGGUCUGUAGUUUUAACGGUGCUGGCAAGAGAUCAGGAUGCAGGAGUUUAUGGGGAAAUUUCUUACCAACUCAGCCACGCACUGGGGCAGAGUGACUCAGCAUUUGUGAUUGAUCCCAUAACUGGUGAAAUUAAAACCACAAAACCUCUGGACUUUGAGGCAGCACAAAGUCACGAACUGAGAGUAAGUGCCACAGAUGGUGGUGGGCUCUCAGCCAUCUGCAAAGUGCUGGUGGAGGUGGUGGAUGUGAAUGACAAUGCCCCAGAGGUGGUGGUCAGCUCCUUCAGCAGUCCCCUCCCCGAGAACACAGCGCCCGGCACGGUGGUUGCCCUGUUUACGGUCAGGGACCGGGAUUCUGGGGCCAACGGGAAGAUCUCGUGUGGCCUCGAGGAUCAGCUCUUCUUCUCGCUGCGGCCAGCCUAUAAGAAUUACUAUGAGCUGGUGACAGUGAGCGCGCUGGACCGCGAGGAGACGGCUCGCUACAUCCUCAGGGUGACGGCGGCAGACGCGGGGUCGCCUCCUCUGACGAGCACGCAGACCUUCACCGUGGACAUCUCGGAUGUCAAUGACAACGCCCCCGUCUUCAACCAGACGUCGUACACCAUGUACGUGCGUGAGAACAAUGUGCCCACGGUGUUUGUUGGAGCCGUCAGCGCUGCCGACGCUGACGUGGGGCUCAAUGGCAAGGUGAGCUAUUCGCUGGCAGCGGUGCAGGCGGCAGAGGGGCCUUGGUGCUCGUGCGUGUCUGUGAACUCUGAGAACGGGCACGUGUUUGUGCUGCGGCCCCUGGACUACGAGCGCUUGAGGCAGGCGGAGGUGACGGUCAGUGCCUCUGACGCGGGCUCUCCUCCCCUCAGAGCCAACGUCAGCGUCCGCCUCGUGGUGCUGGACGAGAACGACAACGCCCCGCUCGUGCUGUACCCAGGCCAGGACAGCAGCCCAGCGUCCAGUGAGCUGGUGCCCGUGUCGGCCGAGGCGGGCUACCUCAUCACCAAAGUGGUGGCCGUGGAUGCCGACUCCGGGCAGAACUCGUGGCUCUCGUACCACCUGCUGAGGGCCAGCGAGCCAGGGCUGUUCACGGUGGGUGUCCACAGCGGGGAGGUGCGUCUGAGGAGGCCGGUGACGGAGAGAGACAGCGUGAGGCAGAAGCUCCUUGUCCUGGUCAGAGACAACGGCAAGCCGCCCCUGUCGGCCACGGCAGCUGUGAGCGCGCUCCUGCUCAAGGACUUGUCAGACGUGCGCCUCCCCGGGCACAGCAGCCCGGCGCCAGAGGAUCAGGCUGGCUCCCUCACCACCUAUUUAAUCAUUGCCCUGGUGUGUGUCUCCCUGCUCUUCCUGGUCUCCACCGCACUCUUUGUGGCUCGCAAGGUGUGCAAGAGAAAGGAGCUGAAGGCUGGCCAUGUGCUUUAUGGUGCCGACAACUUGCAGAGCGGCCUGGCCGAUGGGGCCGCUGCAGGGAGCCUGCCCCGCGCCUAUUGCUACGAGAUCAGCCUCACAACGGGCUCGGGCAACAGCGAGUUCAAAUUCCUCAAGCCCAUCCUGCCCAGCGUGCCACCACAGCACUGCGCCGUGGGCCAGGGCCCGGAGGAUGAACAGCAUUUCCCCUGUGUCCCUGUCAGCACCGAGGACACGGCACCAGACAAUCCUGGCACUCUCUCUGCAGGACACUUCAAUUCUCUUUCCUUCAACUAGCUGGGCUCUGCACUGCCAGAGGCUUCAAUGCUCAUUGGAGAAUGGGAUCCAGGCAGUGGCAUUUGGCAAUGGAUCCUUCAGAGAAAACUUGUGUUUCCAAUGCCAUAACCAAUUUCCUUCAUAUUCUAUUUCAGAAUAGAAGUUGUCAGGUUCUCCAGAAGGGAAAAGUAGAAGCAAAUUAGAGAAAGCUGGUCUCUCAUUCUGGCUGUGAUAUGCUUCAUCUCUGAUAUUGUCAUUUCUGAUAGGCUUUAAGAAGGGGAUUAGUACUCCAGCUAUUCUCCUGUAUCUCUUGCUAUCAGACCAGUCCAUGAAACUCUUACUUCUUCAUUGCUAUAACAGAAUGGCACAGUUGUGUAGACAAGUCCCACACUUGCUGCAAUAGCCCAAUGCUCUUUGCCCAGCUCAGAAAAGCGAGGUACUUCUGAAUACUCUGUCAUAAUGUUCUGUUUAACGUGGGGCUUUUUCUUUCUGGGGAUUUGGAGGUCUCUGUGUAUGUGGGCUUUGUUCUUUAUGCUUUUCUCUCAGUAUGUCUGUCUGUUCACCAUUUGUGCAUCUGCCGAUGCUUCACGAAUGCUGCCCUCUCAAAGAGUGAAUUUGUUCCAUCCAGCCAUUGCUGUGCGGCAAUUCCAGCUCCGCAGAGUAAAAGGCUGUUUUGACCCUAUGGGUACAGGGCUCUCAUCUUCUUCAAGGCAGAGAAGAGUAGGAACAUUCACAAAAUCAUCCUUUAUCUAAUAUGUAUUUCUGUUAUGUCCACCUGGAAUUGUCUUGGAAAUUCAGCACUGAAAGAUGCAUUAGGGUAGGCUAUAACAGUGGAAAAUCAUGAAAACUUAUUAAUUGUCUUUAUGAGAAUGAGAACACCACUUGUCCAUAAAAUAUAAUUUUCUGACGGUAGAAUCAAGAAGAACAUGAAAACAGGACUUUGAGUUUUCUUUGCUCAUUCUUGUUUCUGAAUUCAGAGGCUUCUCUCUGAGACUAAAAAGCUGUUCCUACUGAAGUUUCUCCAUUUGUGAUAGAGUUAUUUCCAUUCUCUUUAAGCCCUUUUUCUUCUUAUCCACUAUCUAUCACUGCGCCGUGGGCCAGGGCCUGGAGGAAGAACAGCAUUUCCCCUGUGUCCCUGUCAGCACCGAGGACACGGCACCAGACAAUCCUGGCACUCUCUCUGCAGGACACUUCAAUUCUCUUUCCUUCAACUAGCUGGGCUCUGCACUGCCAGAGGUUUCAGUACCUGUGGGACAAUGGGAUCCAGGCAGCAGCAGGUGGCAAUGGAUCCUUCAGAGUAAACUCGUGUUUCUAAAUGUCAUAAGGUAUUUCCCUUAUAUUCCAAGUCAGAAUAGAAGUUGCCUGGUUCUCCAAAAAGAGAAAAAUAGAAGCAAAUAUAAGAAAGUCGGGCUCUCACUGUGGCAGUUAUAUACUUCAUCUCUGAUUUGGCCAUUUCUGAUAGACUUGAAGAAGGGGGUUAGCACUCCAGCUAUUCUUCUGUAUCUCUUGCUGUCAGACCAGACCAUGAAACUCUUAUUCAUUGGUAUUAACACAACUGCACAAUUGUGUAGACAGAUCUCACACUUGCUGAAAUGGCCCAAAGCCCAUUGCCCUGCUCAGAAUUGCAAGAUGGUUCUGAAUUCCAUGACAUGAUGUCCUCUUAUCAUGGGUGUUUUUCUUCCUGGGGCUUUGGAUGUCUCUGUGUGAGAUGUGUGGUCCCUGUGUGUUACACUUUCUUCUCAACAUGUCUGUCUGUUUGGCCCUUGUGCAUCUGCAGAUGCUUCACUAUUGCUGCCCAGUGAAAGAGUGAAUUUGUCUCAUCCACCCAUUGCAAUGCUGGCAAUUCCAGCUCUGCAGAGUAAAAGGCUCUUUUGACACCAUGAGUGCAGGGGUCUUAAUUUCUUGAGGACAGAGAGGAGUAGGAAAAUGCAUAAGAGAAUCUUCCUUUGACCUGUGUGUGGCUUUUGUGUUCUGUCCACCAGGGAUUGUCUAGGAAAUACAGCACUAGAGUAUGUAGUCGGUUGGGUUCUUAAAUGUAGAGAGCCAUUAAAACCUGUCAAUUGUCAUUAUAUGCAUGGAAAUGCAAAAUGUGCAUGAAAUGUAAUUUUGUGGAGUUAGAAUCGAGAAGAACUUGAAAACAGGACAUUGGGGGUUUUUUCCUCAUUCUUGUUUUGAAUUCAGAGGCUUCUUGAUGUGACUAGAAAGCUGUCCCUAUAAAAGUUUCUCCAUUUGUGUUAGAGCGUUUGCAUUCUAAUUUUUCCCCUGUCUCCUUUUAUCUACUUAACUGUGCUGAGAAUUAUUUUGCUCAUUCCACCGGAGAUGGAUUGCUACCCCAGCUAUAAUAACUGGUUCUUGGAACGAUGUCUGUGAUGCAUGGAAUAUUAAUAAAGACACCCUCAAGUUCUUUUGUGCUGAAGUUAGACUCCUUAACAUUGGUAUAACUCUGAGUUCAAAAAUUGUAAAAAUAUAUAGAAUUGAAAUAAAGACUGACUACUUACGUGAAGACAGAA